GGACUCAGACGCUGACGAGCUAUGAUGCUAUUUGACACUUCUGUUUGUGAUAAAUCAUUUAACUCCGGACAGCAGAAGGCUAUUCGCAUGUGGAGUGUGGAAGGUCUAGAACUGCACCAAAUGACAAAUUAAGUUACUGGACGUAUAAUGGGUUACUUUCUUGUCUAUUGUGCAGGUUAUGAGGAUUUUAUUCUCCAAUAAUCCUUACUUUCAAUCACUGGAUCCGCUAUAUAAAGACGUGACCUAUAAUUACCGCGCUUCUUGCAUUUAUAUUAAAAUGUAGUCUUUACCAUCGGCAUCGACGGGACAAAGGACAGGAGCUUAUUCGUCAAAACAUCUAUUAGUAACCGACAGACUGCAAUUAACAUAAGGCUGUUCUUUACUUGUUAGAAGCAACGAAUUGACUGCAAGGCUUCAUUAUGGACAUGCACAUUAUAUUCGAGGAGAUGACCUGGCCAUCGCCACGGAGUAUAUUAUUGGCGUCUUUGACUGUAGUCUUUGCCGUGCACCUGUGGCGCAGGAUCAGGCGGAACUGGGACGUAUGCAGCCCGCCUGGACCCUUCGCUUGGCCGGUCAUUGGGAACGCAGUAGAGGUUGGCAAAACUCCUCACCUCUAUUUCUCUCGCAUGGCACGGAAAUAUGGGGACGUCUUUCGAAUCAAACUUGGCUGCCGGGACGUUGUGGUGCUGAAUGGCGACGCAAUCAGGCAGGCGCUCAUCAAAAAUGGAUAUGAUUUCGCAGGCAGACCGGACUUUACUUCUUUUCAAUACGUUUCCAAUGGUGAUGGCAUUGCUUUUGGAAAAUUCAGCGAAUGGUGGAAAGUGCACCGAAAAGUAGCCCAAUCUACUGUUCGGAUGUUUUCCACCGGCAACAUGAACUCCAAAAAGACCUUCGAAAACCACGUUGUCUGCGAAGUUAGGGAGCUGCUCCGUCUUUUCCUGGGAAAAACGCAAGAGCACAAAUAUUUCCAGCCGAUGACAUACUUGGUGGUAUCAACAGCUAACAUAAUGACCGCCGUGUGCUUUGGAAAAAGGUAUUCCUACGACGACGCAGAGUUUGCGCAAGUUGUGGGACGAAAUGAUCAAUUCACCCAAACAGUAGGGGCUGGGAGCAUCGUUGAUGUGAUGCCUUGGCUCCAGUAUUUUCCCAACCCAAUAAAAACAAUUUUUGACAAUUUUAAAGAGCUCAACCGGGAGUUCAGUCAAUUUAUCGUUACUAAGGUUGUCGAGCAUCGUAAGACCAUUCAGCCAAGCACAAUCCGGGACAUGACAGAUGCUUUCAUCAUGGCAUUGGACCAUUCUCAGGACAGCUCGCCCGGAGUCUCACCAGGCAAAGAUUAUGUGCCACCUACUAUUGGUGAUAUUUUUGGAGCAAGCCAAGACACACUGUCUACUGCACUCCAAUGGAUCAUUCUGAUACUUGUGAGGUUUCCUCAUAUCCAGCUGCGUCUCCAAGAGGAAGUGGACAAAGUGGUCUACCGGAGCCGUCUGCCCACCAUCGAAGACCAGUCUCAGUUGCCUUACGUGAUGGCCUUUAUCUACGAGGUGAUGCGCUUCACCAGCUUUGUGCCUCUCACCAUUCCCCACAGCACCAUCACCGACACUACCAUCAUGGGCUACACCAUCCUCAAGGACACAGUGAUCUUCAUCAACCAGUGGUCCAGCAACCAUGACCCCGCCAGGUGGACACAACCAGAGACCUUUGACCCCCUGCGCUUCCUGGACCAGGACAGCUCUUUGAACAAGGACCUGGCCAGCAGGGUGCUCAUCUUCUCCUUGGGAAAGAGGCGGUGCAUCGGAGAAGAGCUGUCCAAGAUGCAGCUGUUCCUAUUUACUGCAUUGCUGGCACACCAGGCCCACUUUAGUCCUGACCCGGACAAGCUGCCCACCAUUGACUACACCUAUGGGCUGACCCUGAAGCCCAAUAACUUCUCCAUAGCAGUACAUUUACGGGACACCAUGGACGUCUUGGAGGAGGCUAGCCAAAAGCCUUUCAACGGGGAGACCCAAGAGGACACAGGCAACUCCAGAUCAGACUGAGAAUAUAGUUGCCAAAAGCAUUACAAAAACGGCAAAUGAAGCUUUUAAGAAGUAGAUUCAUGAACUGAAAUUCUUCCUCAUGUGCUAUCAGGUAUCAGCUACUAUAUAGUUUAAAAAAUUAUUUAUGAACUGAACACUCAGGCAAAAUACCCUUCAUAUACAUCUAUAUUUUCUUUGUUUUACAGGUAAUCACUCAUAUGACUAUGGCUCACAAAAAUGCAACUUUUAAAGAUUGUUUUUAAUAGGUUAUUGCACUGAUGUUUGUAUAUCUUUCACUGGAACACGCCAGAACAUUAAAAAAAGUGUGCAGUGUUCAUCUUAGGGCGAUGGCAUGUUCUUUUACACUUGUUUGCCACUUCAUUUGACUGUAUUUACUGGAAUAUUGACCAAUUGGAGUUGAUUCAGUUAUUUUACUUGCACCCACCACCUCAGAGAGUGUACCUUUUAUGCCCCAAAUGACCUCCCAACAAGGUCAAUAUGAUACAGGGAGAAUCUUGAUUUAUGUAAAUAUAGGUAAGUAGGUAGAUAGUAAUACCAACCUUAUUACUAUUAAAUACAAUAAUUAUGUUUUAAGUGACAUCGUGUUGGUAAUUCUAAUGAGCAGCCCUACCCUAAAUUUGACAUAUGCACUAAUGUUUUACAGAAAACUCAGAUUGUUGUGCUUUAAAAAAAAUUGAGUCAACUUUAAAAAACAAAAUAUGGCAACCAGCUCUCAUCAAGGCAAAGGGUGGCUACUUUGAAGAAUCUAAAAUCUAAAACACAUUUAGAUUUCUUUAUCACUUUUUUUUGAUUACUACAUGAUUCCAUGUGUGUUCUUUCAUAGUUGCGAUGUCUUCACUAUUAUUCUACAAUGUAGUACAAUAGUCAAAAUAAAGAAAAACCCUGGAAUGAGUAGGGUGUGGACAAACGUUUGACUGGUACUGUACAUUUGUUAAAUUGAAAUGGUAAUUUAAAAAAAAAUCUAUAUUAGAAAAGGGUUUUCUUUUUUAUUGUAUUUUUGUUCUCUUCGAGUGUGUGUUAUGUAUUCAUGCGCUUGAACGUUCAAAAGGCUGCUCUGCAAAUGUUCUUCAUAUAUACCAUAUCAUUAAGAUUCUUCAUUUAAGAUACCAGUUAUCAAACGAUUUAUUCUCCAUGUUGUAUUGAAUACAGAACAUAAUCAUUGUGUUACUGCAACUGUGAUGUUGCUCCGGUGAGAGUAUUUUACGAUAUCUAUCUGAACGGAUGACAUUGAGUUGAUGAGUAAAGGUAAUAUGUGUGAUAUUAUACAGUAACACUAAAUUAAAGGACAUUUUAAUUCUUG